AAUGCAUCAGAAGUAAAACAGAAAACCUAAAACACACAUAACGCGCCUCUUCUUCUCUUCUUCUUCCUCUUCAGUCCUCGACACCGAGAGCUCUCUGCACUCUCCUUCUUCAGAGCGAGAGAUGGGGGCGAAGGCGAAAAAGGCCAUGAAAAAGCAACUGAGCAAAGCAGUCUCUGCUUCUGCUCAGAAAGCGCUUUCUGCUUCUUCUGCUCAAAAACCAGUUCCUACUUCCUCUACUGCUGCUCCUGAUUUCUUGCCAUUGGAAGGCGGUCCUGCACGUAAGCUCCCAGAAGAGAAGCUUAAGGAAGAUGUUGCGAGGGUUGUGUACAUCAGUCGGAUACCACACGGCUUCUAUGAAACUGAAAUGCAAGGGUUUUUUGGGCAGUUUGGUGUAAUCAACAGAUUAAGAAUCGUACGCAACAAAAAGACAGGAAAGUCAAAGCAUUUUGGCUUCAUAGAGUUUGAGGACCCAGGGGUGGCCAAAAUUGUAGCUGAAACUAUGCAUAAUUACUUGUUGUUCGAAUGCCUUCUGCAAACCAAACUUAUUCCUCCACAGGAAGUUCACCCGAAGUUGUGGAAGAAUAGCAAAAUCCGAGCCAAACCCCUGAACUGGGUUCAAAUUGAGCGCAAGAGGCAUGACAAGGAAAGGACAGCUGAAGAGCACAAAAAGCUGGUGGAGAAAAUUAAGAAGAGAGAUCUGAAGCGUCAAAAGAGAAUUGAGGCUGCUGGUAUUGAGUACAAGUGCCCAGAAAUUAUCACUAAUGAUCAGCCUGCUCCAAAGAAGAAGAAGUUGCGUCUAAAGUAGGUGGCAUUUAAUUCCCAUCCCUUCUAUGUCACGUGGAUUUGAUCGGGGUGGGAUGAAGCACUCUAGUUAUCAUAUCCACCCCCUUAACUAGAAAAAAGAAGGUUUUGGUCUUGAGCUUUUAUCUUACAUGUACCGGUUUGUAGCUUUAUGAUUUCUUUCAUUUUCUAUUUAAUGUAGUGCAUCACAAUGGACAAGUUUAUAUAAUGUAUCUUUAGUUUUAAAGGUACCCCAUGUAGAGAAAUAUUGUUCUGGACCCUUGAUAUGAUUUAAGGAGGCAGCCUUGGCUGCAAUCUAUAGCUCUUCAUGAAAAUAUUGAGCUUCAGUUUUGUAGUAGUAUGAAAGCCUGGCUAGUAACUCUGAGUGAAGUUGAAUCAUAAUUUUUUCUAUCCAAGU